AUGCCCUUGAAAGUACACUCUAAUGCCACCGGCCUGGCGGCACUGAGGCCAGUGGACUCUGCCAGUGACAGCCCACCGCUUCCUCCUUCUCUCCAGCCAUUCGUUCAACCUAUACUCAAAACGCCCAUUUGUUCUUCUUCCUGGGGAGCAACAGGAGGAAUGACAACGGCAGUUGAUGGUUCAUCAAUACGCCUAGAUGCUCUCUUCACACGAAAUGCCUCUUCACUGGCUGCGCUUGUCCAAGUGAUAUGUGAAUACCUCCUCAACUUGGAAGAUGAAAUUCGCUACAUCUGGAGAUGGCCACUGAAUCGGGUUAGGGCGAUCUACUUUGUUGCGAGGUAUCUGGGAUUAUUUGGCCUUCUCGCGAAUGUUAUUCUGUUAUUCUACGGCCCGUUGGCGACUAUUCCGAACGAUGCAAACGAUUGUCGCACCUGGUUCGCUGUGUACAGUGCCGUCUCGUGUCUUGUUCUAUUCUCUGUCGACGCAAUCGCGAUGCUUCGAGUUUAUGCCCUCUACAACCAAAGCCCCAAAGUCGGCGCCUUGUUCUCCUCUCUCCUGCUCACCGAAGCCACGCUCGUCACCACUUGUUCUUCUACAACUCUCAAGAUUGUACCAUUUAGCCCGAUAUGCGACGUCGAGAAGACCCCGUAUCAAGUAAUUUAUUUCGCAUGUGGUGUCGUCGUCACUCAGCUCGCCCUCAUGCUCUUUACAUUUCACAAGCGCAAGGUUAUGGCCGGCCAGCUGCACAUUCCUAUCCUGAAGCUGGUCUUUCGCGAGGGCGCUUGGAUAUCAUCCCUGACUUGUUGUAUAUUCUUCUUCACUGUUCCAUACUCCCUGAUAACCGGAACGGCCAAACCACAUCUAGUCCUAAUAUGGCCGACUACACUUCUGUCAAACGUGGCUUCCCGGGUGAUCCUCAGUCUACAUCGCCUCCCAGCUGCUGGACGCUCUCUCAGAAAUCCAGACGGGGCGCCAAGCGCUCAGGGAACAGAUACAGAUAUCCAAUUUACGAGCUACUUCAUGAACGAGUCUACUGACUUUCAUGUUGGAGCGUCGGAUUACUACCCAGACGCAUUUUUCACUACCCGCUCGCUCGCGAACACUGCAUCUUUAUCAUCACUCUCGCUUGGCCGCCCGUCAUCGAGCUCGUCCACCAUCUCAUCUCUGGCCAGUGGAUUGCUACUACGCAAGGACACUCGUUUGGAUGCCAUUCCUAGCUCACCGGAUACCCGUUGA